CUUAUUCAUUACCCCUGUUUUGCAGAUGGGGAAACUGAGGCACACAGAGAUUAAGUGACUUGGCCAUGGUCACACAAGGAGUCUGUGGCAGAGCCUGGUAUAUAACCCAGAUAUCCUGAGUCCAAAUCCAUUGCCAUAACCACAAGAUCAUCCUUCUUCUUUGGCAUGAGAUAUAGGUCGGCUCUGAAUUUGACCCACAGUGUUUCCAUAGAGCCAAAUCUUCUAGUGAGAAUGAAACGUUUGCUGUUGUCUUCCAAGGGGCCAGGAUUUGGCUUGUGAUGACCUCACACAAGCAUUCUGAGGACUGCCACUUGUGGAGGCGGGCUGUGAUCUUCCUGGGAAACUGGGAACUCUUAAAAAAAUUCCUUGCAGAAGAAGUUGCUGCCUGAGCAACAAAGCCGUUUCUAUGCACCCCAAGUAUUCAGUGACCGCUUCUGGGAGCCACGGGCACCACUGAUUAUUGAUGAUGUAACUGGGCGCUUGUGGUGGACCUAUAAAGGGCUAAGAGAUCGAGCAGGAGCACACAGGAGAAAUCAGAAAGCCCUGACUGCCAAGGAGAGACUGCUGCACUCCCUAGGCUUUCUCAAGCUUCGUGAUGGUUUCCAGGAAGGUGGUGGCUUCUCUGCUGGUGAUGUACGUGGUGGCCAUGCUGGCUGAACAGACUGAAGGCUACCUAGCCUUCUUCACUCGCAGCGACAUCGAGAGGAUGCAGCUCCAGGAGAAAGAGAGGAACAAAGCGCAAAAGAAAUCCCUGAUGUUGCAGAAGCGAUCGGAAGGCAGAGAAGUCACCGAGCUCUCUGACGUGGAGGGUGUGGACGAGGGCGAGAUCAUCAAGCUGACUGCUCCUGGAGAAAUUGGAAUGCGGCUCAACGCUAGGCAGCUGGAAAAAUACCAGCACGUCCUGGAGGAACUGCUAACUGAGAUGCUACUGGACGCUCGAAAUGUUAACUGAUGUCCUCAGACCCAGAAGAGCAGGGUGAUGCUUCUUGCUGGACUACAGGUCUAUGCUUCUGUAAAACUAAAUCUGUAAAGUGCUUCAAAAGAAAAAAAUUCAGAUGCAAGGUAAUAAAAUUAAAUAAAUGACUUGUUUCUUU